AUGUAUCAACAUAUACGUAUUGCUUUGGAAUAUGCUCAACAGCGAUCACAACAUGUACAGGAACAAGAAAAUAUUCGUCGCUGUAGGAAAACAAUCGAAAAGUAUCCAACAGCACGUGCCAAUGAAGAUGAAACAACAUCAAACAAUCCCACAGAGAUUAGUCAUCACUCUUCAACAGAUGAUAAUGAAACACUAGAUGUUGAUAAUGAUUUUGACCUUGAUUCCGUGGAAGAAAUUUCAAAUAAUCUAAAACAAUGUAAUCUUAAUUAUUUAUCACGCCAGAACAAUAAUAAUGAUAUUAUAUUUAAUCAAGUCUAUAAAGAACUUCAAAGUCGCCGUGGCUCAUCAUCAUCUAUUUCAUUACUGUUACACUUAGAUGGCAUCAGUUUAUGCAAAUCCAGUAAACUUAAUUUAUGGUUGCUUAGCUGUAGUUUAAUCGAACUUCCUGUUCAUCUUCGUUAUCGGCGUUUCAAUGUGAUUGUUCUUUCUGUCUGGAUUGGUCAUUGUGAGCCGCUUGUGGACUUAUGGUUAGAAGAAUCUUUUCAACAACUAAACGAUGUCAAGAAGAAAAGUAUUUCAACUCGAUCUGGUAUAAAUUACAAAAUAAUUGUAUAUGGAUUAGCUGGAGAUUGUCCUGCAAUUAAACUACCAACGAAGCAUAUUAGUCAUCAAGGUUAUAUUUGCUGUUGGUUGUGUUAUACACAUGCAUGCGGCUUUUCUUAUAGAGCAUCAGAACUAAGAAAUAUGUUGCUAUAUGAUCUAUUACCACUUAUUCGAUCAUUUCUACCAGUCAAAUUGGCUGCACAUUUAGCACUUUAUGUUACAGCAAUGCGACUGUUCCAUGGACUGCGUACACUUGGCGAUGAAACAGAAAUUAUAGCUAAAGAAUUCAUGAUCAAUUACUACAGAGAUCAUCAAUCAUUUUGUACAAGUUCCUUUGAAGAUUGUAAUAGUGAAUAUGCUCGAGUAACUCGUUUAUCACAAGAUCAAGCCGAUGAUCAAAAUGAUGAUGAUUCAAUUCAAGAUCCAAUCAAUAUCAUUAAUUCAUCUAUGACAAAUAUAAGAUCUUCAAAAAUUGAUCGAACACAUUUAUCAUCAUCAACUUCAUCAUCACCACGAAUUUCAACAUGUGCACAAAUAUCAGAAAAAAUAGAUGUUGAAGGUAUGCUUAAUUCUUUAUUUUUCAAUGUAGAUUUUAAUUGUGAUCACCUAGUAUAUACAAUUUUUGUUCGCUCUAUCAGCACGGCAAGUGCAGUCUUUGAGAAGUAA